AUGCUAAAGGAUGAUCAACGGUUCAUGGCCACUUGGAUGAUCAACGGAAAUCAGGGAAAACCCAAAAACUCUUUUCAGGCAAUCACACCUCACUCAAUUGUGGCUGACUAUUUGGACGAUCACCGGAAACCGGUGAAAAUCUUUGCCAAUGGGACAGUCUCAUAUCUGCACAAGUUCUAUGCGGAGGUGACGUGCAAAUUGGAGCUCUCGCAUUUCCCAUUCGAUCGCCAAGUUUGUCCGAUUUUUAUGAUGGCCAUGUCUUUCGAUUUCACCGAAAUCUCGAUGACAACAGAGAUUGAGGAUAUGGAAUUGAAGUGUGCGAGCACCGCCCAAUGGAUCCUGGAAAGCGUCAAGACCGAUGUGACCCUGUACAACUAUUCGACGAAUCUUCUCGAUAUUGCCACCUUCAGCCUCUCCAUUCGUCGUCAACCUCUCUACUACUUGCACGUGAUCGUUCUCCCCUGGGAGCAGGAAACACCAUCAAUCCUGUCCUCGACU